AUGGCUGAAACUGAAAAAGAUAAUCAAAAUUGGCCUUCUGAAGCUUCUAGUACCUCCGCCACAUCCUAUGGCGGACUGGCAAAGAUGAAGAUGGAGAUUGUUGUUGCCGAUAAAAUCGACGGUGGUGAUCAGCAAUCGCAGGAGUCGAACUCACGGUUGUUGGAUCUCAAGCUUUCUAACAAUAUUGAGAACUCUGGCAACGGCAUGCCGGAGAUGGUGGAAUCUUCUUCUCAAGGUCAUAUAAAUAAUGAAUUAUCUUCCAAUACAAAAUCUAGGGUUUUUUCUUGCAACUUUUGCAAGAGGGGAUUUUCAACCUCCCAAGCCCUAGGAGGCCACCAAAAUGCACACAAACAAGAAAGGGCUAUGGCCAAGCGCCACCAAGAAAUGGAACUCGGACGCAACGCCAAUGUCGUUGGGCCAUCAUACUUGUCGUCAUACUAUAGUCCAUAUUCUUCCCUCUCAUCUCAUCCAUCCUACCGAUCAUCGUAUCGAAUGCGAAUGGAUUCAGUGAUUCACAAACCAUCAUAUCGGUGGCUCGAGUCUCCCAUGCUACAGUUUCACGGCGUAGUAGAUGGUCCUUGGGCUUCCCGGUCGAUGGUGGUGAAUAGUAAUAAUAAUAACAAUUCAAAUUUAUUGGCAUUUGAAAGGUUAAAGAUGGAGAGAAUUCAAGUCCACAAUGGUGGAUUUCAAUUCCCAUCUGCGAUAAAUGCAUUUGAAUCAAUGAGAAGAUUUGAAGAAGAUGGAACGAUUUCAAUACCGAGUUUGAACCGUUCUGAACUGCCAAUGUUGAAGAUGGAUGACCAUGUGGAAGAAAGCCAUGAACUUGAUUUAUCACUCAAGCUUUAA